CGAUGCCGGGUCACUGAGAAUCCGGAACCGGGAGCUCCGGGGACCACAGCGCCCCGAGGACGCAGCGGCGCGGCUGAGCCUCCGGAGUCCGGGAGCCGCGGGAGAUGCGCACAGAUCGCCCAGGCGAGGCUCAAAAUCUUGUGUCUCCUCAUCUUGCGAUCACAAGACAGUUGAUUUGGAGCUGCGGGGAGUCUCAGAACUCUGGCCCCAGUGGCACAAGGGAGGUUCUGGUGUUGAGCCCUGGGGAGCCGGGAACCUCAACCCCGAGGCCGCCGCGGGAGCUGUCCGGUGCUGACCACGGACGCGGCCAGGCCCCAGGGGCUCAGACCCCAGCCUGCAGCACCCAGUAAAGCGGGGAGAGCUUCUGCCAGCACUGACGCAGAGCGCUGGGAGAGCAGGGAGCAGCUGGCUGCAAGGUGGACAUGGAUCUGCAGAGACUCGACUCCUACCAGGGCGGAGCUGGCCCUGACUUCCACGAGCACAUCCUGCACAAGACCAUCCUGGUAGGCGACAGUGGCGUUGGAAAGACAUCUCUGCUGGUUCAGUUUGACCAGGGCAAGUUCAUCCCAGGCUCCUUCUCAGCCACUGUGGGCAUCGGAUUCACAGUGAUGCUUCUGGGAGACUCGGGCGUCGGCAAAACUUGUUUCCUGAUCCAAUUCAAAGAUGGGGCCUUCCUAUCCGGGACCUUCAUAGCCACGGUCGGCAUAGACUUCAGGAACAAGGUGGUGACAGUAGAUGGAGCCAGAGUGAAGCUUCAGAUCUGGGACACUGCAGGACAGGAGCGCUUCCGCAGUGUGACCCAUGCUUACUAUCGAGAUGCCCAGGCAUUGCUCCUGUUGUAUGACAUCACCAACAAAUCUUCCUUCGACAACAUCAGGGCCUGGCUCACAGAGAUUCAUGAGUAUGCCCAGAGGGAUGUGGUGAUCAUGUUGCUAGGCAACAAGGCGGAUGUGAGCAGUGAAAGAGUGAUUCGUUCUGAGGAUGGAGAGACACUGGCCAGGGAGUACGGUGUUCCCUUCAUGGAGACCAGUGCCAAGACUGGAAUGAACGUGGAGUUGGCCUUUCUGGCCAUUGCCAAAGAGUUGAAAUAUCGUUCAGGAAGGCAGGCCAAUGAGCCCAGCUUCCAGAUCCGGGACUAUGUGGAGUCCCAGAAGAAACGUCCCAGCUGCUGUUCCUUUGUGUGACUCCCAAGGGCCAAGAAGAAGCCUCAGAGGCCCUUGGGAAUGCAGCUGUCUCCCCUGUACUGGCUCACUCUGAACUGCCAGGCCAACUUGGGAGAGAGCUGGGGACUCAGCACACAGCCUCUGUCUGGGAGGCAGCCAUCCCCCUAGUUUCUAUAGCUUCCUUACAUCACAGGAAGGGUAAAAUAUGUAUACUUUAUCUUAGUGAAUAUAUAACUUAAUACCAAAAAAAAGGUACCAGUAUGUCCAGAAAACCAAGAUAGGUAGGGACCUGGUGACCCUUUUUCCUUCUGGGACUAGGACCUAAAAGGCUGGGGCCUCCUAGCAACAACAAGGGUAGUAACUACUCUAUCCUGGCACCAGAGAACUCUGAUGCACUUCUAGGAUGUACCGGCUGACCCCAUCACCACCCUCGCUUGGGGAGGCUGAGCAGACCCCAGCCUUUACUUUCUCCAGCUUCACAGGCACAGCCUUUUCUAAUAAGAUGGGCCCUGCUGCUGGGAGCUAGCCCUAUGCCUCAGGGAAGAUAAACAGGGAGAUUGGGAGGGUGUAAGAUGGCUAACAGUCACUAGGAUGGAUCUUGCUCAGCUACCUCUGGCCUCCUAACCCUCUUUUUGGAGGUGUGCCCCCCUUUUCUCCAGCAUAUAAGCACAGUGGAGCACCUGAAAACAUUAGUUCCUAGCCCUUGAACUUCACACCCCAGGGGACCCCUGUCCCCUUCCCCUAGAAGCAAAUCUCUGUCUCAUCUGCUUUCUGCCUGAGUUCCUACUAGACACCUGAGGUCAGAGCCAGACCUGCCUCAAUCCUGUGGCAGGUAUGCAGCACCAGACACCACAGCUACUUCAGGGUUAAAAGUCAAAUAAAGAGAUCUCCAACCCCACCACCCAAGUCUAUCCCCCUAAACCCAAGCUCUGUCUCCUCUCUGUCCUUUAACUUCAUAGACAAAAACCAGGGCCAAAACUGCCUUAUCUCCUCCCCUACUAAGUCAAGUGAAGGAAUGGAAAGUCAUCCAUUUCUGGGUGAGCCAAUAUAAUAUGUACAAAUCAGGUGGGUGCAGAGAGGGGCAGCAAGGGGUUCAUAUAGGCCCAAGGUCACGUGUCUCCAAAAGCUCUGACCUUACCCUUCUAAGGGGACAGGAGACAUACAGGUCAUGACCUACAGGCACCUUCCCUGCAGCCCUGCAGGCUGGGCAGAGAGAAAAGCUGAAAGAAAGUAUGCAUCGCACAUUUCUGAAGUUACUGCUUUUGCUUUCAAGGUAAAAAUCUUGCUCUCUGAACAGGGUCAGUGCUCUAACUUGGGUUGAUGAGGAAGCGCUCCCUGACUUGCUAAACGGGAAGGAGCUUGGGCUUGCCCAGUUUCUUCUGAGACCCUGGGCAGGUGGUAGGAGGUCCAGUCACACAGAUGGCUCUGAGCCUCCAGCAUUUGUGUUUUUCGGCAUUAAAUUGCAGUAUU